CGGAAGUCUUUUGUACGGAACAGGUGGAGGAGCCGCUCGGUCCUGGGAUGAGUUCGUGUUUCUCCGGAGCUUGUUGAGAAAUUCACAUUCGUGUUCGUUCGUUUGUUUGUUUGUCUGUUUGUUUGUUUGUUGCUGAGAGCAAAGUGCGGACAUGUGCUCACAGACCAGGGCCGCGGCUCUGAUGGCGAACAUCCCGCAGGCGGACAUCGAUCCGUCCGGAGUCUUCAAGUACGUCCUCAUCAGGGUCCACAGCCGAGAGGAGGGGGACGACUCCGAGGUGGACAUCGUCCGAGGAUACGGAUGGGCCGAGUACCACGCUGACAUCUAUGACAAAGUUUCGGAGGAGCUGGAAAAGGACGGACACCUGGACUGCGAGUGUAUCGGAGGAGGGAGGAUCAAACAUGAUGCCCAGGACAAGAAGAUCCACGUCUACGGAUACUCCAUGGGAUUUGGACAAGCAAACCACGCAGUAUCUACAGAGAAACUAAAGGCUCGGUAUCCAGACUAUGAGGUGACCUGGAGCAAUGAAGGAUACUGAAGAGAGACCAGCCUCUGGUGGACGGCCUUUUCUCUUGGACUGACAUAGUACUUAACUGUAAGCCCUCACGAGAAGGAGGAACUCCUCAUUAAAAGAACAUAUUGUGUUUCUUAAGAAGCUUUUUGAAAUUGCGUUAAUUAUCGAGGGUGUUUUCACACCGGCCCAUUUUAGUCUGGAUUCCAAUGAGAAGAACCUUGAGAGGAGCUGAUUCAUCUCGUCUAAAUCUAACUCUGAAGUUCCGUCGAACAUUGUCAUUAUUAGCCCCCUUGUUCCGCUCAGUUGUCUAAAGGCUGCGUGUCUUCAAAGUCGGAGACAGUGGAGUAUUUUUCCAGAUUACCAAGAUGUUAUGAGCAAAUACCAACUCUGCCAUUCCUCCGCGGUUCAUUGUGGAGAAAUACGCACUGGUCCAAAUCACAGGAUCUUCUUCCCCGACCAAUAAACACAGUGAGCGUUAUCAUGUGUCAUUUUCUGUUUUUCAUCCACUAUUAUCUGUACUGCUUUUCCUUUGACGUCACAGUGGAGCUGACAAUCUCAUUCACAGACUCACAUUCACACCGUCUCCACAAGCCAGAGGGCAAACAAAAUAUAUGCAGACUCAACACUGAACGGUCGGUCGCCAGGCUCUUGCUGUGAGGUGAAGGUGCUAACCACUAGACCACCGUGCCGCCCUUGUGUUGAUGAUUCUGUGUGACCAAGGGGGAAAUACUAUGAGUUUACAAAUUUAUCAACUGAUUUGGAUCAGAGCAAAGAAACUACAGGUGUGAAAACAAACUGACACACGGAGACGAGCCUGAACUGUUUUUAAAAGAAAGAACUGGUCACAGACUUGUCUCAGAAUUGACCUCAUCACCACACCAUGUUGAAAAGUAAUACUUUGUUGUAUGUUUGAUAAAUGUCUCCUAGAAUCUGUAAUUAAAGUUGCGUGUUGCUCCAGAAAAACUAAAACAUC